CAACCCCACAAGCAGCACCUGUAUACCCGUUGUAGCCUUUUCUGCUUUGCUGCUUUUCGAAAAUAUUCAUCAUGGAUCCCUAUUCGCCAGAAGGAGAGCUCAUCAACAUCCACACAGCGUUCCACGCCGGCGCAUACCAACAGAUCCUCGACUUCGACACCUCCUCCUUCUCAUCCAGCAAUGAGCUGCCUGUCCGUGUUCUGAAGGCACGCUCACAAAUCGCUCUUGGGCAAGCACAAGCCGUCUCCUCCGAACUCGCCAGCGAAAAGACACCAGACCUUGUUGCUGUAAAGCUGCUGGCAGAUCUCGAGCAGGGCAAGGAUGUCACGAAUGCGGCGAAGAAGCUGGCAGAGCAACAUGGCCAAGAGAACCUGACAGUGCAGAUCAUUGGAGGCAUCAUUUUGGAGCGGGCAGGCGAGACAGAAGAGGCUCUUGCGCUGUUGAGCAAGCACCAGGGCAGUCUUGAUGCUGUCGCCCUCAUUGUACAGAUUCACCUCCAACAGAACCGCGCAGACCUCGCGGCAAAGGAGGCUCAGCGCGCACGGAAAUGGGCACAGGACAGCCUGCUCGUCAACAUCGCCGAGUCGUGGGUCGGCAUGCGCGAGGGCGGCGAGAAGUACCAAUCCGCAUUCUAUGUCUUCGAAGAGCUUGCCCAAACCUCGCAAUCACAAUCCCCACACUCGCUCGUCGCACAAGCCGUCUCAGAACUCCACCUCGGCCGCCUACCUGAAGCUGAAGCCGCUCUUCAGCAGGCAAUCGAGAUUGACCCCAAGUCAGCAGACACCAUCGCGAACUUGAUUGUCCUGAACACAUUGCUUGGAAAGAAGGAGGAGACAGCGCAGCUCAAACAGCAGCUGCAGAGCACGAACGCCGAGCACAGAGCGGUCAAGGACUGGUCGGAGAAGAAAAGUGAUUUCCAGAAGGCGGCGGCGAAGUACACACCGAAAUUCGAGAUUGCUGCAUAGAAAAAGGAUAGCAGGAGGCAAAGAGCACUCAAAAACGUCAACGGUAGACUUGAGAGCGCAGGAGUUUCUGGCCUUGAUCAGCAUGAGAAGCCAGGCUAGAGGGAGGAACGAGUUAGCAUUACGACGAAUGGACC